UGUAAUAUGUGUUUAUGUAGAAUGAACAGUGUGCUGCGGCAAUGGACGAUAAAGCUGUGAAGGCGAUAUUGUUUGACUUAGACAACACGAUCAUUGAAACAAGUCGGGCAGGUAGAGUGGCCAUACAAAAGACCAGUGAACUUUUGAAGAGCACACUGGCCCUUGACGACAAAACCAUCAGCAGCAUUUGUGACAAGUUCCAGCAGAAGCUUUUCCAUGAGCGCUUUGACCCGUCAGCCGGCAGAUCCAUCGAUGAGGUCCGGGUGGGUCACUGGGAGGAGAGCAUACAGGCCUAUAUCCAGGAAGCAGUGGGCAGUUGUUCCACACCCUCAUUGGCCGCUAAGUGCUACUACCUGUGGAAAACCAGUCGCCUGGAGGUUCUCAGUCUGUCCCCUGAGAUCUGCAGUCUCCUGAAACAACUGCGCAGUGGAUACAAGCUGCUGCUGCUGACCAACGGGGAAGCUCGCACUCAGAGGGAGAAAGUGGAGGCAGUCGCAUGCGAGGAGUUCUUCAAUGCCAUCGUGAUCGGGGGAGAACACGCGGAGCAGAAACCGUUCGCCUCCAUCUUCGCCUUGUGUUUCAACAUGCUGGAGGUGGAGGCCCAGGACUGUGUCAUGGUGGGAGACUCUCUGGACACAGAUAUUCAGGGGGGCUUUAACGCUAGGGUACGGGCUACCGUUUGGAUCAGCAGUGCAGGAGGUGCUGUGCCCGAUGGUUCAGUGAAACCAGACUACACUAUCCCUACUGUCUUGGACCUGCCAGAUAUUCUGCAAAAACUGGAGUAAUAAGAACUGGUAAUUGAAACCAUGUGUAAUACAAGUGAAUGAGGGGAAUUUUGUGGGAUUUAUUUUUAGUUGGAAUGGAAAUGGUAAAACAUGAAUGCUGUUUAUAAUAAUGCUGGGUGCCAAAUUUAGACAGACCGAAUUGCCUCCAUAGCAUCGAGUAUCGGAAAAUGCCUCGUCAUUCAAUACCAAAUGUCAAUACUUAAGGAGUAAAUCUCAUCAGCGACAGUGAGCCAAUAAGCAUGCAGCACGCUUCUACCAAGCUCUAAUGAUGCUGGUGAUUUGCUCAAAGUAUCUUUAUUUCAAUCAGGAGAGACUUCCUUGCAAUUAUGAACAUAUUUAUUGUACAGACAAACAUGUAAAUAUAACAAGUCUCUGGAGAUUGGACUCCAUUGAAACCAAAUGUCAUAAAGGGUUAAGGAAACCCAAACAUAUCCCCCGAUGGAGUCCAGACACUGGAGGUGGUGAUGAAGGAGCAGAGGAACCACGACACCCGAACCCGAGGGCGUGACCACCGGUGGCAGAAGGGGAGGAGGCGGGACGCACUCUAUUUCCUGAAACGACAACUGCCAAACGCGGAAGAGAGAUCCGAUUUUAAAGCAGGAUGUCAUGCUGUGAUAGGCUCGUGACAAAUGGCCGACUCCGAUUGGUUUAACUAACAACGACACAACUGGAUCUGAUUACUACUGACAAGUGACAUACCAUGAAACAGCUGAUCAUUAUGAGUGAUGGAAAAAGUAUAUGAAGUCUUCCUUUUAGAAUUUACGCUGAGCUUAAUUGGUCUCCCCAAGGAGAAAUUUGUGUUUUGGACACAGAGAGAAAUUGCUGCAAGAGUUACAACAGAGACACAGCAAGCAAAGGUUAAAAUAAUUAAAAGACAAAUGUACAGUAAACAUUUGGGCUACUCAAAGAGCUGUGCAAAUUGCAAAUUACCAUUUUCUAUACUUUCUAAAAGCCAUCCUUCCUACAUUCUUCUCUUCUCCCAUACGUGCCUUACACACACUCAUUCCUACUUCCAUAAGCAUAAAAUAAACAUUCAUUUAUCCAUACAUUCAGUUAUAAAUAUGAAUUCAUUCCUCCAUUCAUAUCCAUACACACAUUCAGUCACAGAUAUACAUUAAUGAAUUCAUAUUCAUACGUUCAUCGCUGCUCAUUAAUGAGGUUGACUGAGAGAGGAACAAAUGAGUGCUUAUGCCGGUUAUAUUUGCACAGAGGAACCCUGUACCUCUUUCCUGAGUUCAAUAGCUCAAACUCUGAAAACUGUCUCACGUUACACGUCGUAGAGACACACAGGAAAAACUCUCCGUCACACAGAGACCGGGCUCGCGUAGUAAGUGCCGUAAUGUUGUCAUUUCUUUUUGCUAAAAUGGUUUUUAUAAAAUUUGUAUUGGUAAAAGUAUUGUUCAGAAACCCGUAUCAAAGUUACGGUAUUGGCAUCAACUUUUUGGAAUGAUACCCAGCCUUAAUGAUUAAUUUUACAAAAUUCAACAAGGGUGCUUUUUUUUUUUUGUAACUUGUUUUAUGCUUUCUGCUAUGGAUCUUACACUACAUCCUACACGGAGUCUGUAGUAAGAUUACUCACACAGCUGCACUUAAAGUGAUGGUUCGGAGUAAUUUCACCCUAGGGUCCUUUGCACCAUGACCUCGAGCCAAA